AUGGCGAACCCUCUGAACUUCUCCAUGGGCUAUCAUCGCGAUGACCAGGCUCGCGAUGAAGAUGAAAAUGCCCAGAUUUCUCACGAUCCCUCCUUGAUGAACUUCGGCAACAGUUAUGCCUUUAACACCCUGCUAUCCCAGAACGAUGACCUGUCCUUGCCGUCCUUCGACCGGACCGGACCCCAGGCCGACCUGGAGGGUCGUCUGUCCAACGUCAUGUUGACCUACGAUACCGACCCCAGUGGCGGGGUCUCCCUGCCGCUGAGCCUGGACGGAGUGAACGCCUUCGCCUUCGACGCACCCACCACCUACCCCGCGACAUCCCUGGGACUUGCCACCGCGCUAGAUCACUCUCACCUUCACAACUUCUCCCCCUUUAUGCAGACGCUGCCACAGGCGGGCCAGUAUCUUCAGCAACCGAAUGUUCUUGCGACCCACAAGGAUAACUACAAGACCGGUCCCAACUCGACGGGAAGCUUGGAGGAUACCGAUUUUGAGCGAGCGCGUAAACCGUCUCAGGCAUCUGCCCAGCGCACCACCCAGGAGCAGCACUUCCCACAAUAUGCACAGCAGGCGCCGUACCGGCCACCGCAGCCGGUGGCCAUCCAACCCAAGAAGCCCGCCGUCAUUAAAGAAGCACAUUCCCCAGGGCUGUCAACGCCCGAUGCUAGCUCGACAGAGCACACUGGCAUCUACUCAAACAGUGGUUUCGAUAUCCUUGGAGUUCUCAGCCGAGUGGUUAUGCGAUCCAACCCCAAGAUCAACAUCGGGGCGGUUGAUCUCUCCUGCGCCUUUGUGCUAUGUGACAUCACACGGGAGGAUCAACCGAUUGUCUACAUCUCCGAUGCCUUUGAGCGCCUGACGGGAUAUACUAAAGAUGAAAUUGUCGGCAAGAACUGUCGAUUCCUCCAGGAUCCUUAUGGUCAGAUUCAGCCUGGAAUGAAGCGGUCCUUCGUCGAUGGACAGACUGUGUACCGCCUGCGAUCGACCAUUGAUGAUCGCAGUGAAAUUCAGGCCAGCAUCAUCAAUUAUCGCAAAGGUGGACAGCCUUUUAUGAAUCUCAUCACCAUGAUUCCUAUUCAGUGGAACUCGGAGGACUGUCGAUUUUACGUUGGGUUCCAAGUUGAUCUGGUCGAGAAACCCGACGCCGUCACAAGGAGAAAUCCUGACGGCACAUAUAGCAUCAACUACCAGCGCGACCAGCUACCACAAUAUAUGGUGCCGCCGCCAGAUGUGUACAGAUUACGGCCCGAUCUGAUUACUCGGUUUGGCCACGACGAGGUCACUGCUAUCCUGAAUGCAGUAGGUGUGCCAGGCUCCGGAGUGUCACGACAGUAUCUGGACCGGAUUCUCGUUGAAAACGCUGACGACGUGAUACACGUGCUGUCCUUCAACGGUGAAUUCUUGUAUUUAUCGCCAUCAUGCCGAAGGAUCUUGGAAUUCGACCCGAUCGAGCUGGUUGGCAAGACUCUGUCCACUAUCUGUCAUCCAAGUGACAUUGGACCGGUGAUCCGCGACAUGCGGGCCAGCACGACCCCGGCACCCCUCAGCGUGGUGUACCGUAUUCGUCAAAAGUAUCAGGGAUACAUGUGGUUUGAGAGCCACGGUGCAUGGCACAUCGAUCCCCAACAGGGCCGCCGUUAUCUUGUCAUGACUGGCCGCCCGCGCCCAGUGUACUCACUGGACCAAAUUGCCCGUCUGGGAUCUUCUGCUGCCCUGGCUGAAAAUGAUGUCUGGGCCAAGAUCUCUUUGUCAGGCGUGAUUCUCUUUGUGACUUCCAAGUCGAAGCCAGUCCUGGGGCGUGCACCUGAGGAUUUGAUUGGCAAGGGUAUUCAGGAACUCAUGGAGCCAGACGACGACCCUAACGCCAUCACUGAUGCCCUAGAGGCAGCCGCCAGUGAAAAAGCCCAAAAGUAUAAGCCCGACGACCCUCCAUCAUUCCGACACCAGAUGCGGCACAAGAAGGGCCACGCACUGUCUGCGCACACCACCUUGUACGCGGGGGAUGGGGUGAACGGGAGCCGACCUUCGUUCCUUGUCGCUCAAAUUCGAUUUGCACGAACUUUCCCUCCUAGCUCUGCUGCCGUAUCUGCUGCCGUAUCUGCUGCCGUAUCUGCUGCCGAGGACGACGACGUGGCCCUCGUGCCCGGCACAGCUAAGCGGACUACCGCAGACCCCAACCCGCCUGGUCAACAUGCUGCCCUCGGGCAAAAAGUAUCUCGUCUCUCCACCCUCGUUGGCCUGAACGGAUUACCCACCGGGAAUCGCAGCCUCUCGCCUUCAGAUGUACCUGCCACACUCUUCACCGAGUUGAAUCCCACGCGCGCCUCUAAUUGGCAGAUUGAAUUACGAGAGCUAGAGAAGCAAAAUCGAACUCUGGCCGAAGAGUUACAGCGACUUCUGAGCCGACGUAAGAAGCGCAAGCGCAAGCAGAGCGCCAUCUCCGUGGAAAAGGCUUGUGCCAUGUGCGGGACCAAGAAUACUCCCGAGUGGCGACGAGGUCCCAGUGGCAAUCGCGAUCUUUGCAACAGCUGCGGGCUGCGAUGGGCAAAACAAAAUCGUGGGCAGCCUCGGCCUGCUGCACCGGCGACUGCACAAGUAAUUGCACGAUGA